UUUCCGGUUUUUGUUUUGAAUUAUUUCGAAGCAGCAGCGAGAUACUGACAGGUUUAGAGUUUAAUAUUUUUGAAAAAUAUUAUCCUUUAUGGGUUUGAAUGUAUUCUAAUAAUUCUUAAAAUCUUUUAUGUAAAAUAGAAUAAUAUAUUCCCGAACUUAAAGAGCCUCUGUGCUGCUGUUGUGUUUCAGGGUGAGCGGUGGGUUUAAAGCUCGAACCCAAAGUCACAUUGACUUAUUUUUUAACUUAGUCUCUAACAAUUAUGUCGACACUGUUUCCGUCCCUGCUCCCGCGGGUCACCGAGUCUCUGUGGUUCAACCUGGACAGACCUUGUGUGGACGAGACGGAGCUGCAGCAGCAGGAGCAGCAACAUCAAACUUGGCUGCAGAGUAUCGCGGAGAAAGACAACAACUUGAUGCCUAUCGGGAAACCUGUUUUUGAGGCAGGUUAUGAGGAGGAGGAGGAAGAGGAUGACGAGGAUGAGGAAGACAGCGAGGAAGACUCGGAAGAUGAAGAAGACAUGCAGGACAUGGAUGAGAUGAAUGACUACAACGAGUCGCCUGACGACGGCGAGAUCAAUGAGGUGGACAUGGAAGGAGCGGACCAAGACCAGGACCAGUGGAUGAUUUAAAGCAACUUUUUAUCGCAAUCUGCGUCUGGAUUUACACUCGCUACCAAAAAUGUGACUGAUGCCUAACCACUCUGUGACUCAGAUAUGUUUUAAUAUUUGUGUACCUGGGAUGAAAAUCUAAUUGAAACACAUUAAGAUACUUCAGGGGAGAGUUCAGGUGAAUCUUAAGCUGUGAUCCAUCAGUCUUUAUAGCUGUUGACAUGGUUGGACAUUGCUGUGAAGUUUGCUGCCUGGAAUACACUUGGAGAUGGGACAUUUGUGUAUAAAUACUGCCAAUGGUCCGCUUUUCUUGUUUUUAACUGCAGGCUUUCUUAACCAAUGCAUCCGGUUAAAGCUGCUCCAAACCUGUCAGGUGCACUGACGUUGGCCCAGGGACUGUUUUGCACGCGCUCAACCCAGGAAUCUGCCAUUUAAACUUUGACCUGGUCAUAUCUUAAGUCAUGUGCUAUGGAAAUGUUCCAGCUUGCUGAUUCAGGGAAUGUUGCUUUGGUCAGCAAAAUAACUUGUUACCUGUAAAAACAGCCCAUCUUUAAAAAAAAGAGUCCACUUCCCUUUUAUUGCAGUGCUACUGAAUUGUGGUAAUAAACGUUCCUUCAAUAGAAGUUUUUUUUU